GCAUUGGAGAUAUUGUCUUUAAAUACAGCUAUUUUAAACGUAUAUGAAAAUAGGCAAAUUUCGUAUUACAUUUCUCUAUCCUUUGCAUAAAAAAUAACCUAUCCUUUUCAUAAAGCUUAAACAGUCGGUAUAGCUUUAAGUCAAAAGAGGUUGUUCCAUUGUGAGCCAAAAAGUAAGAUCGGGAUAAUCUUCGUAAUUCAUCGUCUUUCAAAUUUUAAACAUUAAACUGCUAGCUCCGCAUUCGUAUAAUUUUAAACUUUAGGAAAGAUGAGACGCAUUGAAAUCUUAACAUUUGUUGUUUUGUUUGAAUACGGAAGAAAUAUCCGGAUAUUCUUCAAAAGUGGCUUUCAAGUGAAGAAAGUGCCAUAAUUAUGUGGAUUUACUUGGUAUAGUGUAAUGAUAUAGGAAAGAGGCAUAGCGAUUGUUUUGUACAAUUUCUGGAAAUAUGCAGAAUGAAUAUUUAAGUUUCUGGGGGUUAAAAUAACCUUAGAGAUAAUUAAACUGCCUCACUCGUACCAGAAAGUUUGUGUUGGAUUCAUCAGAUUUUUCACUCAUUUAAAAGAAAGGCAACCUCACAAAUUAUCAACGAAAUAAAUCCUGCAGUUAUUAGAGCAGUUCUCUGUAGACUCUUCAGAUGUUUGUUGGAGUAAUGAAACAAUGCCUUUCUCCAUAUGUGGACUGCCUUCUCAGCUCUUGGCAAAAAUUGUGUUGAUAGCAGUCAUCUGGAUGGCGAGAGGACUUUCUAUCGGUUCCGUACAGAAGUAAUAUCGGUUGGACAACUUAUCUGUGUCCAUGACAUUUUGUUUGGCAAAGGCAGGACGUCAAUCACAACUACUGUUUUCUCAGUUCCAUGUACAUGCUAUCCAUCUGUACAAAUGCUGAAUGCGAGGAAGUAUUCUCUUAAAAUGACACCAAGAUGCAAGAAAUUCAAGGACACGAUGUUAAAGGUUUUGAAGCAAAUGAUCAAUGCAUUUGAUCAAUGGAUGCAAUGA